CGGGACAUAAAUAGGAGUCCAGUGGAAAAUCCUCUCAGUGACGACACAGGCAGUCUAGUCAACUUCACCAGAGGUACCAGAGAAACCUUCUUCUGCUUUACUUCAUUUCAAAGAGCUUCAGAAAAAGUCUACAAUGUUUCCCGAGUCUUCUUCAGAUCAUGGUUAUGAGGCCUGCAAAGCAACGGCUGACUGGCUGCUGGAACAUGCCCCUGUGCGCCCCCUGGUGGGCAUAGUGUGCGGCUCAGGCCUCGGAGGCCUCGCUGACAUGCUGAAGGAUCAGAAGUUUUUCAGUUACAGCGAGAUCCCCAACUUUCCCAAAAGCACAGUGCAUGGUCAUGCUGGUCGGUUGGUGUUUGGUAAUCUUAAAGGAAAGCCGUGUGUUUGCAUGCAGGGACGUUUCCACCUUUAUGAAGGAUACUCCAUCCAAAAGAUCACCAUGCCCAUGCGCAUCUUUAAGCUGAUGGGUGUCGAGAUGGUCAUCUUGACAAACGCCGCAGGAGGACUGAACCAAGACUACAAAGUUGGAGACGUCAUGAUAAUUAAAGACCACAUCAACAUGCCAGGUUUCGCUGGAAUCAAUCCUUUGUGUGGAGAAAAUGAUGACAGGUUUGGGAUUCGUUUCCCAUGCAUGUCGGAUGCCUAUGACAAGGAGAUGAGGCAGCUGGCUCAAAAAGUGGGUGAUGAGCUUGGCUACUCUCACUUCAUUAAGGAGGGUGUGUAUUGUGUGCUCGGCGGGCCGUCAUUCGAGACCAUCGCUGAAUGCAGAAUGCUUAACCGCCUGGGUGCUGAUGCUGUGGGAAUGAGCACAGUCCACGAGGCGAUAGUGGCCCGCCACUCUGGAAUGCGAGUCUUCGCCCUCUCCCUUAUAACCAACAAGUCCGUGAUGGAUUACAGCAGCGAAGAGAAGGCCAACCACGAGGAGGUUCUCCAAACGGGAGAGCAGCGCUCGCAGCAGCUGGUAAAGCUGGUCUCCACCAUCGUGUCUCGCAUGACCCACCCUAAUGAUUUCAAAAUCUGAGGUGUACGUCGAUGAUAGCUAACUCCACCAUCCUUUCUAUAUAUUUAUAUCAUUCUUGCACAACAAGGAUUCCACCAUGAUCAUAUGUUUUGCACUCAUACUGGUUUAAUAAGUAUUGUUAGACCUUGCUUAUACUGUACUUCUAUAUGUUUACAUUCCUAAGGGAAAUAAUUUCGACCAGACUAUUUAUUAAAGCAUAUCUCUAUUCCAAAUGUAACUUAAGUUGAGUGAAGGAUGAACUGUUAUUUUAUUUAAUUUUUUUCGUAAAAACUAAAGUCUUGCUAUUGAAUAUUUACCAAUGCUAGCUUGUAAAAUCCUGUGUAAUAAUACACAUUAAGUUAAAUAUUUUUUUAUGAAGAUAAUGCUGCGUCUUAGACGGCAGCAGGCAACGUAAAGUGAUGGGGACCAUUUUGUAAAACAUGUAUUAAAUUCACAAUUCCAAAAAUAAAAUAAAUGGCUGUAAUGUUAUGCUGUGUGUUUAGGCUAGUUUCCUAGUUUUCUUGGUCUGUAUUUUCUAUCUAUAACGAAUGCACAUGCUUAUUUGGUUUAAAAUUAGUUUGUGCACGAUCAGCUGCACCCAUCUGUUUGUUUAUUUCAUUUGUCGUGAAAGUGUUUGACAUCUUUUGUAUAACACUUGGACAGAAAAUCAGAUGCCCAUUUAGAUACUAGUUUUAAGAAAAUAGAAGGGCCAUGUAAAAUUGAAAUAACAUUUAUUUCAUGUGGCAUUUGAUUACUGUUGGGAUGUUUUUCAAAUAAAUGUUUCCGCAUAGGUC